ACAAUAAAGCAACCCCCCUAUUGCUGGUAUUGUUCAGUAUAUAAGUCCUCGGCGAGCGCAAAGAAGGUGGCUUUCUCAAAGCCCAGCGUCCCCGUAAACCCGUAAACCUUUUCAGAAAUACCAAACAAAAUGUCAAAUUCAAAUAUUGUGCCUAAAUUAUACAGGAACGUCAUUGAGGAUGUGAUAAAGAACGUAAAAGAAGCUUUCUUGAAUGAGGGUGUCGAUGACCAAGUACUACAAGAAUUGAAGCAGAUUUGGGAGAGUAAAUUGCUGCAGUCUAGAGCUGUCGAUGGCAUGCCAGCAGAUGGUGUGCUACAGGCUCGACAACAGUAUAUGUACCCUCAUGUUAUACAACAGGCAAUGCCGCAAGCUAUAUCACGGCAGCCACAACAAGUGACAAUACCUUCCACCCAUGUGGCAUCUGUGUCUAUUCCUGGUGGACUAGCGCAGCGGCAGACCCCAUCUGGCCAGACAGCCAUUAUCUUCCCAGAGGCACACGCCCAGAUGCAGGCACACGCCCAUGCACUGAAUCAAAUGACCCCCGCUGCAUCGGCCGCAACCCUAGCAAUACCAGGAAUACAACAAAGCCAGCAAGGUGCAACACAAGCUGGUACCACCAGGCUAGCACCCUACCCCACUGCACGGACAAUCCAAGUAGCACACCCUAUACAGCACCAACAACUCCAUCCACAGAUACCGCACUUGCAGGCCCAACAACUGGCAGCAAACAAACAGCAGAUGACACAGCAACAAAUACAGACUCAAAGCCAACAAGGGAGAACGAACAAGCCACAAAUGGUAAUACAGGUAGAUGGCGCCAAUGACAGUAGCGACGAUGAUGAUGAUGACGAGGACGACGAUGAUGUCGAUGAUGAGGACGAGCAUGAUAAAGCUGGUGACCAGGGCAACGAGGAGAACGUAGAGGAAGAAGAAGAACCGCUCAAUUCAGAUGAUGAUGAUCCUGAUGAUGGCGCCACAGACUUGUUUGACACUGAGAAUGUGGUCGUCUGCCAAUUCGACAAGAUCGCCAGGAGCCGUAACAAAUGGAAGUUCCACUUAAAGGAUGGCAUUAUGAACCUCAAGGGAAAAGACUACGUGUUUCAGCGAGCGACGGGGGAGGCCGAAUGGUGACCAUCUAAAAGACAGAAAUGCCCUCUUUCUACUUAAAUACGUGCCUUGUUUAUUGAACGUAUCAGGUUGUGGCAGCGUCCUUGGAUUUGCGCGGUGCUUCUAGGACGGACCACUGUCCGCCCUGUCCUUCCCAUGAUCCUCUAUGCUCAUGCAGUGUUCGAGAGCAGUCUGGUAUCGGACCGAGUAUCCACGCCUUGAAAUGUGUUGUGUUGUAUUUGGUGGCUUUUAUUGGUUGCUUUGGGAGAAGAAAUCAACACCCAAAACAUACACGUCGAUGUGGCGUCGCAUCCGUUAAUCCUUCUUGCACGACAUUGCUGUUUUAGAUAUGUAACAAUCUGAACUAAUUCAACAGCCUCAGUCAGCCACCAUUUUGCCAUCCUAGCAAAAGUACUAAGUGUUAAAAAGCAUUCAUUUCCAUCGGCUGAUUUUGGGAGGCCAAUGCGAUAUUUUCUAUAGAAUUUGGUUAAUAUAGCAUUAAACUUUGUUUUUUAGAUGGUUAUUUCGAGUUUUCAGCAAUUAUGUGCCAUCCAAUAUUAAAACAAAACAAUUACAAAGGUGUGGCUGGAAAGAGCUCUUUAAAAAUAUAUAUAACUUGACCUCAUUAUUUAAAACAUAAGGAGAAGAAUUGCGCCGUUUGUACUUUAGGAUAUAUUGAAUUAAAGGGAUUGUUUGAAGCAGAUUACUGUAAGCCGCUACUGAAAUGAAUAUAUCAUUUGUUUAUCUCA